UUUUGGAAGCUUUAGAAAUCAAUCUCCACCCACCACAAAUGGCUUGGAUUUGGAUCAUUAUUAUCAUGUUUACUCUUGUGCUUCUCUUUUGGGCAUGGCUAGGGAGGAACCAAAGCCAGAAACUACCACCUGGUCCCAAAGGGUUUCCCAUUUUGGGUUCCCUUCAUUUGUUGGGAAAGCUUCCUCACAGAGAUCUCCAUCGUUUGUCUCAAACAUAUGGACCCAUCAUGCACAUGAAACUGGGCCUUGUUAACACCAUUGUUGUGUCUUCCCCUGAAGCCGCCGAGCUGUUUUUGAAAACCCACGACCUUGUUUUUGCAAGUCGCGCACCUAAUGAGGUUUUCAAGCACAUAUCUUUCGGCCAAAAGACCAUGGUAUUUGCCAAAUAUGGUCCUUAUUGGCGCAACAUGCACAAAAUGUGCGUACUCGAGCUGCUUAGCAACCACAAAAUCGAUUCUUUCAAAUCAAUGAGAAGGCAAGAGCUCGGGGUCUUGAUCGACCAACUUCGUGACGACGCUGCAAACAGUCGCGUGGUUGUAAAUCUCACUUCUAAAAUCUAUUCCCUCACUAUAAACAUGGCAUGUCUUAUGGUCUUAGGGAGAAAAUUUGAAGAUAAAGAAAUUGAUGAGAGGGGUUUUAAGUGGAUGAUACAAGAGAUCUUCCAUUUAGCUGGAGCUUUUAACUUGGGGGAUUUCAUUCCUUUUAUUGCACCUCUUGACCUUCAAGGAUUCACCCCUCGUGCAAGAUCCGUUCAUAAAGUAUGUGAUACCCUUUUUGAGAAGAUCCUAGAUGAACAUCUUGAAUCCAACCACAAUCAUACCAAAGAUUUCGUAGAUGUCAUGUUGGGGAUUAUGGGCUCUCAACAAGAUCGAUCCAACAUCAAAGCCAUAAUGCUAGAUAUGCUUCUUGGGGCAGUAGACACUGCAACCACCAGCAUCGGAUGGGCACUAGCUCACCUCAUCACACAUCCACAAGUAAUGAAGAAAGUGCAAGACGAAUUAGAAAAAGUUGUGGGCUUGAAUAGAAUGGUGCAAGAAGAAGACUUGGAUCACUUGGAAUACUUAGAAAUGACGGUUAAAGAGGUUUUAAGGCUGCAUCCUCCUAUUCCAUUACUAAUUCCACACGAAUCGGUAAAAGAUUGUAUAGUUAAUAACUUCUAUAUUCCUAAAAGAUCGCGUAUGAUAGUGAAUGUAUGGACAAUUGGACAAGAUCCAAGUGUUUGGAACGAUCCCGAAAGAUUCUUUCUAGAAAGAUUUAUGGGUAGUAAAGUAGAGAUGAAAGGAAGAGAUUUUCAACUGAUUCCAUUUGGAUCUGGUAGAAGAGGAUGUCCUGGAAUGCAAUUAGGUCUAAUCGCGGUUCAUUUAGUAUUAGCUCAACUUGUGCAUUGUUUUGAUUGGAAGCUUCCAAAUGGCAAGCUGCCAUUUGAAUUGGAUAUGACCGAAAAAUUUGGAUUAACUUGUUCCAUUGCUCGAGAUAUUAUAGUUACUCCUACCUACCGUUUGCGAGACUAAAGAUGUAUGAGCUUUGUCAUAGCUACGAACAUUUAUAA